UUGAAGGGUUGUUACGAGAAUCUUAUUGUAAUUGAUAUCGGCGCGAAUCUAACGAACAAAAAGUACGGACGUGAUCUAGAUUCAGUUGUGCAGAGGGCAAAAGAUGCAGGCGUCCAAAAAAUAAUGGUUACUGGCACAUCGGUAAGAAAUAGCAAGGAGGCCCUUAGAUUGACUCGUCUUUAUCCUGGCACAAUUUAUUCCACGGCAGGCGUGCACCCGCACGACGCGAAGUCCAUGGUGGAAGAGGCGCAGUGGGCGGAGCUGCGCGCGCUGGCCGCCGCGCCCGAGUGCGUGGCGCUGGGCGAGUGCGGCCUCAACUACACCAAGGACUUCUCAGAGCCGCACGUGCAGAGACACGCCUUCACCAAGCAGGUGGAAAUGGCGUGCGAACUACAGAAGCCGCUGUUUGUUCACGAAAAGGAAGCUCAAGACGACUUGCUAAAGAUCUUAGACGAGUUCGGAAAUCGCCUCCCGCCCGUGGUCAUCCACUCUUUCACAGGCUCCGUGGAGCAAGGGCUUAAGUACAUCGAGAAGGGCUUCUAUUUGGGCAUUACCGGGUACAUUUGCAAGGACAAAUCCGACGGUGGGAUAAGGAGGUUGUUGUCAGAGAGGAUUCUGCCCUUGGACAAGUUGCUCGUGGAGACCGACUCGCCAUUCAUGUACCCGAACAUGAGGGCUUCUAAACUGCCGUUGCAUGUAAAGGACUCAUUGACAGAGAGAUCCAUGAAUUUUGUGAACCGCUAUUGCACCUUCCAACGUAAUGAGCCGUGUGCCUUGCCUGCUAUAGUAGAGCUUGCUGCCGGUUUCAUGGGCCGCAGUCCUCAGGACGUGGCCUUAGCCACCGCGUUCAACGCACUCAAGCUGUUUGGUCUCAGCCACUGA